UCUCCAUUAAAACCCCACAAUCCAAUCAAAUCCAAACCCUCCUUUACCUCAAACCAACGGCCAAGAUGAUGAUGAUGCCCACCUCGACCCCCACCCCCACCAACCCCGCCACCAGCGACGUGGAGGCCGGAUUCGCCAAGCUCCAGGGCGAGGACUUCGAAUACUACAUGCAAACCUACUCCAUCAUCCUCGGCCGCAACAGCAAGAAAUCAACGGUCGACGUCGAUUUGUCCUCCCUCGGCGGCGGCAUGAACAUCUCCCGUCACCACGCCCGCAUCUUCUACGACUUCCAGCGCCGUCGGUUCGCCCUCGAGGUCGUCGGCAAGAACGGUUGCUUCGUCGAGGGCGUCCUCCACCUCCCCGGCAAUCCCCCUGUCAAGCUUGAUUCCCAGGAUCUCCUCCAGAUUGGCGACAAGAAAUUCUACUUCCUCCUCCCGAUCAGGAGCAUCCUCGGUGGGUCCACGCGGCACGUUCCACCGCCCCACCCGGGGCUGCAUCUGGGACCAUCAAUGCAGCCAGCGGCCGCGGGCAGUUUCGGGAAGAAGGCGAGGGGGAGGAUUCCUAGGCCAUUGCCGGAUUACGGGGAUGAAGAUGAUGAUGACGAGGAUCUUGAUGACGAUGGCGAUGGUGAUGGCGGGGCUGUUGUUGUGGCUGGGAGUAAGAAGUUGAGGAGAGCGGCAGAUGGGCCAGACGUGUUUGGGUAUGGUGUGGGCCCCACGGGCAGGGCUGGAUCGUCUUCCGGGCAAUUGGAGAAGAAGGGAGAGACAAGGUCAAGGGUUGAUAGGGAAGCGGAUAAUCAUCAACUUUUGCAGUUAGAAGAGAAAGACGUAGUGUCUUCUGUAGCCACCGUGCUUUCUGAUCUCUGUGGUCCUGGGGAAUGGAUGCCUAUGGGAAAACUUCAUGCAGAGCUUGUUGAGCAGUAUGGUAGUAUCUGGCACCACAGUAGAGUAAGACGGUACCUCCAAUCAGAGGAGUGGCCCAUCAAUGAAACCAAAGGACGGCCUUGGUUUGGCCUACUUGCAUUGCUAAGGAAAUACCCAGAACAUUUCGUCAUCAACACAAGGUCCAAGGGAAGGAUGACAUCGGAGUUUGUUUCCCUAGUUUCUCUGCUUUCAUAAAUCACAGAAUCCCAGCCUUCUUCAUCGGUGGGCCAUUGGACACAUCAACCAAACAUAAUACACAAU